GGGGCUGGCGGGAGGGUGUGUCCGCCGCCGCGCCUCUGAUUGGCCGGCCUGGAGGCGCAGGGCGUUCCCUGGGCUGGCGUUGCCCCGCGGGCUGCGUGUUGUGUGGUGGCUCAGAGUCAGAUCGCCGGCGCGGGCGAGCAGCGAGCGCAGCAGCGGAGGUGGCCGUUUGGAGCGUGUCGCAGCCUCGCCAUGGUGGACAGCAUCUUCCGGACGCGCUCGCUGGGCGUGGCGGCCGAGGGGCUGCCGGACCAGUACGCCGACGGCCGGGCGGCGCGCGUCUGGCAGCUCUACAUCGGCGACACGCGGAGCCGCACGGCCGAGUACAAGAACUGGCUGGUGGCGCUGCUGCGGGGCCAGUGCUGUCGGACGGUGCUCGACGUGGCUUGCGGCACCGGGGUAGAUUCCAUUAUGCUGGUUGAGGAAGGCUUUGCUGUUACCAGCGUGGAUGCCAGUGACAAGAUGCUCAAAUAUGCCCUGAAGGAGCGAUGGGACCGUCGGAAAGAAGAAGCUUUCGACAACUGGGUCAUCGAAGAGGCCAACUGGCUCACCUUGCCGCAAGACCUUCAGAAGCCCGGCGAGGGCUUUGACGCCGUCAUCUGCUUAGGGAACUCCUUUGCACACCUUCCAGAUUUUAAAGGUGACCAAGGUGUCCACAAACAGGCUCUUAAGAACAUUGCCAGUAUGGUGCGUCCAGGCGGCAUUCUCGUCAUCGACCACCGGAACUAUGACUACAUCCUCAAAACAGGCUGCGCCCCUCCAGGGAAGAACAUCUACUACAAGAGCGACUUAACCAAAGACAUCACUACAUCAGUACUCCUCGUGAACAACAAACCAAAUAUGGUGACACUGGACUACACAGUGCAGGUCCCACCUGAGGGGAAUGGCGAAAACCCAGAAUUGAGUCGAUUCCGUCUGUCGUACUAUCCUCACUGCCUGGAGCCCUUCACGGAACUGCUGAAAAACGCCUUCCAAGGCCCGUGUGAACACAGCGUCCUGGGUGACUUCAAGCCCUACAAACCAGGCCAGCAAUACAGCCCAUGCUACUUCAUCCAUGUAGUGAAGAAGAUCGGCUGAGAAGUAUUCUAGGGAUUCCUCCAGCAGGCCUUUUUGGGGCCUCUCCUUCUGUCGCUGGAGCAGCUGGGAACCCUGUGCCAGUGCAUAUGCAUAGAUGGUGCCUCAAGCAGAAGAGGAAGAACCAGGAGGCGUGUUUCUUCUUCUUCUCCCCUUACCUCUUCUUUUUUAUCCCCCACCCCUGGGAUUGGCCACCCCCCGGGGCCAAUCUAGUUAAUUUGCUUUGGGAAUGGGAGGCGCUGCUGCUGAAAUCAGGGACUUCGGAGGGAAGAAGAUGGGGGUGGCUUUCACUGGAAUCGUAUGAGAAGUUGUGUAGCUGGCUAAACUAACUGUACUUUGCUGUCUUUGGCACUUUUCUUCUUCUUCUUGUCUUCCUCAGGCUGUGUGGAUAAUUGCCACCAGUGCUUAGGAGAGAGAAUUACUAAGUUACUCUGGUUGUGUGUGUUUCUUGAAUAAGGUGGGUGUAGUUGCAGAUCUGCUCUGGAAGAUCUCUUCCUAAGGAAUUCAGCCCAGUGGUGUGCCUCUGUUGCUAUAACAGAACUCGGAGAGAUAGCCUCUCUCUUUCCUUUUCUGUGUCAUACUAAAAACAUGCCUACUGUCAACUCAUUCCCUCUGUGUCUAUGUGCAACUGCCAAAUCAUUCCCCUUACUACAUAUGAGAAUUCAACUCUUUAAUAUUUCAACAAGGGGAGAGAGGUGGUGUGUGUAGCAAGCAGUUGGUUCGUGCGGCAAGGGAAUCCGUGGGUGGGAUUUUGGAGAGGAGAAGCUCGUGCAUAGCUUCCGUUCAGGUCUGCACGGUGCUAGGUUGCAGUGGUCAGAGCAGCCAUGACCAGGUACCUCCUGAAGCAGGCAACUGACGUCAAGUGUCUGGAUCUAGUUUUGGACCAGAGAAGGGAAAAUAAAAUACUACUAUACUGACCUGCUGCCUAGUGCAAAUUGUCUUAUACUUGCGCCCCCUGAUGGUGUUGACCACAAUCCCCAGUUACAAUAGCUGAAGGCCGUUGGGGCUAGAGGUGGUGGGAGUUGUAGUCCAACAUCAUUGUGAACCCUUGGCCUACUGAAUAUGUUGCCUGAAAUGGUAAGCAUGGCCUUGAGGUCCCUGUGUGUAAGUAUACGUGGCAAGGGAUGGGCAGCCGUAUUCAUGCUAAGGCCUCAAUGAUGGGCAAUUGUUCGUGGCCUCCUUGACUGUGGAUUCCAUUCCAAGGAAGUCUGCCCGGCUCAUUCUGUUCUCACCACCUGGAAUCCAGUCAAGACUUUUUUUCCCCCAGCAUGAGGAAGGUGCUCUCUUAGGAUUCUAUCUUUGUUCUUUCUGCCCUCUGUUGUUUUAUUUGUUGAUCAUAAAAACUUAACCUACAA